AUGCUAAGGCUUACUCGUGGUUAUAUACUGCCUUCUAGGAGGUUGUUUUUAUGUGCUACCGCCGUUUCCUUUCGUUCCAGCAUCAGAAUAUCAUUUUAUUCUACAAAAAACGGCGAUGAUGCUGCUGAUCCGCCCAAAUCCUCGGCUCCCAAACCGUGGUAUUUGCAACAGACCUCCAACGAAUCCAGAAUUGAUACUUCAUCUCCAUUUAUUGGUCAGGUGCAGCUACCGAAGACCGCCGUACCAACGACUAUUACCAGCAUAACGGCGUAUCUUCGGGAUAAACUGGGUAUGACAGACAUUGUGUGUUUCAAGACUUCGGAAUCACAUAGGCCUAGUGUUAAAUCAGGUUAUAUUAUUAUAUGUUCGGCUAAAUCGAAUAGGCAUGGUGCACGUAGUGUGGUUGAGUUGAUGAAGUUUGUGAAAACGGAAUAUGAUGUCUUGCCAACGAAGGAGGGUGGGAUCUCAGCACAAGAAAUGAGAAAGAGGUAUAGGCGUAUUCAAAGGCGGGGGACCCUAUCCACUGCUAGUGUUAUGAAUGGUACUGAUAGUGACUGGUAUUUGGUAGAUUGUAAAGUGAGGGAUAGUGAGGGCGGCAUAUAUGUCCAUAUACUGACGACGGGGCGACGGGAGGAAUUGAAUCUCGAGGAGCUAUAUUGCACACAGGAGGAAAAACAACUUUACAUAAAAACGCCGAAAACUAGUGAUGACACUAUUUCCUUUGAUUCUGAUGACGAUAACGUACUUGCUGGGCUGAAGAGAUUGGCAUUGAAGAAUUCUAGAAGGUAUUAUUCAACCAGUGCUUCUGCCAGUCCCGGUUCUAGUUUAUUAUAUGAUACUUUAUCUGUGCAGGAUUAUGAUGCGGCUAACGAGGCUGGAGGUGAGCUCCGAGAUGUCGUGAAGGCAUUGGGGGAUUUAUCCCAAAACACUGCUAUUAAUACAACAAAAUGGAUCGAGAUAUUUGAAUCGCGUUGGCCCUUUGUUGAUUUAACAGAGACUCAUUGGCAGUUGAGAUGGGAAUUUUACGAAAUGCUCUUUUUGAAUAAGCUUAAUAAGUGCUAUACAGCCCUAGAUAAUGGUGUGAGUUCACUGUGCGAACCUUUUUCAGAGUUACGGCGCAGUGUUGAUGAUCUAUUAAAACAUUUUUCUUUGAAGCAGUCAAUGAAUGGCGUGCUAACUCGAGAAGAGCUUCUUUCGAUGUUAGAUGUUAUAAACGCACAAAUUGACGUCUCUAAAAGUUUCAAAAACAUGCAUUUCGUGCCCAAUGAAAUGGUUGUAGUAUUGCUGAACCAUUAUCGGCAUAAUAAUGCUGAUAUCUUUACUGACGAGGGGGUUUUAUUGCGUAUAUUGCAAAGCAUGGAUAAUUCACAAGCAAAGCCAUAUGUCUCCUAUGAGUUUAUUAAUUUUAUUGUAAAUUCAGGAUCUGAUACCCGCAAUGUGAUACUCCUGUGCAUUGAAAUCUUUUCAAAGAAUAAAGACUGGAAGAAACUGCUAAGCUUAAUUUUCAAUCGUUCCUCUCCAACUCACUGUGCCGACCCGGAGGUCUGGACAGCACUAUUAGAAUCUGUGGUUGAGAAUGGUGACCAGCACAUUAUAAGCACACUGUUAGACAAGGGGUAUCUCUUGUGGCUGAAGCGCCACAAAUUACAUGUCAAGGGUCAUGAUAGACUGAAUGCGGCGCUUACUGAGCUGUUCCGCAAGGCCGGAGUUAUCACCAACAGGCAUCAGGACCUGUGUAAAUAUCUAUUAAACUAG